AUGUCUAACCUGAGGAGAAGUAGUGCUAGUGGGAGGAAUGUGAAUUCUCAACGAUGCAGACACUCGAAGGACGAAAGUGUUUCCACCUGGGGCGGGGAUUAUAGUGAUAUCCAAAAUGAAGGAUGUGUAAAAAGCUCGUUAAAAUUUUUGUUCAGAAGUAGCCUCUUCACCGUUUUGUUGUUGGCUGUGCAUUGGUCCAGUAGCAAGGAUCCCUAUAGCGAAUGGAAUGGAGGAGCUACAAAUGAGGUGAAAUUACCGCGCAACAGAAGAAUACUACAUAACAACAGUGGGCGAUAUAUGAGUAGCAACUAUGGUUCAUGCACGGAAACUAUAACCGAAGUUAGAGAAAAUAACGGAGAAAGAAGAAACAGAUCUAGAGGAGGACCUUCACAAUAUAACUCCUCACCUUCCCCAGAACAAUCCCCAUCAUUAUUCAGAACAACAUUAUCAAUUCCAUCUGAAAAUGGUUCAACACGAUCAUCACACUCUCCUUCCCCAUCGGAUUCCUUCUCCUCAUUCGCAUCUCUAUUUUCUUCAAGGUCGUCUACAUCGCCCCCCUUUUCGACACCAUUUAACUCAUACACCGCAAUGAACAACCCCCCCCCAAGAAACAACGAUGUAUGGAGUAUAUACGAAGAUGGAUUGAGAUAUCUGAAUGACCGAGCAUUUAGAAAUAUGGGCAAUGAUUUCCGAUACCCAAACAACAUGUACAACCCAUUGAAUGAACAGAACAAUAUUAGGAAUCCAUUGCAUUCUAACUUCAAUAAUAAUAGUAGUCAUAUGUUUUAUGUAUUUUCGUUUUUGAUUGGAGUUUUUCUUUUAAGCCAGUUGGGAGCUCAACGAUUACUUAUUCUGGCCGCAGCUAUGGGUGUGUUCUACCAAGUUAGAAGAUCGAUUAGAUGGCGCUGA